AUGACCCCCGAGCGAGACGCGUACCUCCGGCUCGGCAAGACUCUCACCGAGCGGCAUUCGGACCAGCUAGCCAUCCAGCUUUCUGUGUUCCAGUCUGCCCUCAUAAACUUCGGCGUGGAGCACGGCGAUGCCAUCCGCAACAACGCCGAGUUCAGACACAAGUUCACGCAAAUGUGUGCGCUGAUCGGCGUGGACCCGUUGGAGCUUCUCAUCAUGACCGACUCGCGGGCCAAGAAAACCGACGGUUUCUUCGUGGGGCUUGGUGUGCGGAUGGUGGAAAUCUGCCAGGAGACAAGGAACAUAAACGGCGGCCUCAUAUCGUUCAAGGAGCUCCACUCGAGGCUCCAGGAGUCCGUCAGCGUGCCUCUCGCGGUGUCGGAGGCAGAUGCUCAGAAAGCCUUGGACUCGUUGGUCUCCUUGGGAAAGGGAUACGAGACGCUUUCGAUCAACAACAAGCAGUGGAUCAAGUUCUUGGGGCCCACGGGCUCGCAAAGCAUCUCGAACGACCAGAAGAAGGUGUACGAGCUCUGCGAGUUCAUGGGAGGCCAUGUGACCUACCGCUUGCUACGGGACAACUUUGGCUGGGACAAGGUGCGCACUAACACUGUUGUUGAUGAAAUGAUUAUGAACGGCUUUCUCUGGGUCGAUGCCCAGGGCCCCGGGGGCGCGACUCAGUUUUGGGAGCCCUCGUGGAUCUCAAAGACGGAAUAA